AUGGCUAGAAAUGUCGAAAAAGGAAGGUCUAUGUUAAAUCAAUGGCUAAAGGCUAAAGAGCUAAAUGAUAAAAAAACAUUUUUUAAAAUUCCCAAAAAUGUUAAUGAAGUUGAUGAUUUGGAAUCCGCCGUAUCAUACCGUAAAUCGAUAAUUAAAGAAAUAUGUAGCAAAAUUAAGGAAAUUCAAAAUUUAAGUUUGGGAGACCAACAUGUAAGAGAACUAAACGAUCAAAUAAACAAAUUAAUUUCAAUCAAAAAUAGAUGGGAAAUAAGGAUUAUAGAGCUUGGAGGUCCAGACUAUCAAUCCGAAUCGAAUGCGUUAAUUAAUGCACACGGUAGUGAAUUAAAAGGAAAUAAUAAUUAUAAAUAUUUCGGCGCAGCGAAAAAUUUGAAAGGAGUGAAGGAAUUAUUAUUUAAAGAAAAUGAUGAUCGGAAAAAACUUUUAUUAAAAAGAAGGAAAGAAAAACGAAAUUUAGAUAAAAUCGUAAAUAUACAUUAUUUUGGUUAUUGCGAUGAAGAAAAUGAAAUAUUAUUAAAUGAAGAGUUAAAAAUUCAAAAAAAACUAGAAAAAACAGAUUUAGAAAUAAUAAAAAAAAUAAAUUAUUAA